UAUAAAUAGAGCGCUAAGGGAUAGGAUAAAUAAGAAAAAUCGUUUUACAAAUAAUAUUUCGGAGUCGGCCUAAUAUUUGAGUAAAACGUGUGCAAUAUCCGUAGAUUUCAUUGACAAAAUUCUUCGUAUUCCGGUCACAUUCGGCGAAAUGUAUACAAACGUCGUGAGAGUCGCUGUUUUUCUUUUCCUUUUUUUCGCACUCUCUUUAAAGCGUCGGUUUCUUGCAACGUCAUACCUUGAUCGAUAUAGCAUUAAUCGUCGCGCAAAUGAUCGAUUGAAUCCGGAGAGAUUUGAAAAAUACUAUAAAUUGCAAAACUAGUUACAAAAUUUUACCGGUUGUAAGUCUGACAAUUUUACACGCACGUUUUGUGCACUAAUCUCUCGGUCGUCCAACGAGAAACCAUCGCUCGCGCUCGUCUUACGUAUAUAUCGCAUCGUAUUGCUGAAUGAAUUGUAAUGAUACUACUAAUUGUUAUCAAGAUGGUGAUGAGCUUGUGAAUGAUUUGCUUCGUUGAAACACAAUGUCAGACGAUAAUAUGCCGCAUAUCUCAUAUGGACUUGACAGUCGUGGAAGAAUAGUGCGUAUAGAGUCUGGUAUAACCAGAGCAAACAUCAGACGUCUUCCAAGUAUAGAGGAAGCUUUAAGGAGACUUAGUACAAAUUUAAGAUCCGAUAGACAACCAAGUGAUUCCAGUAAUGAAGUAUCUGAUCCUCAAGUAGCACGUAUGGCAUCAUUGGAGGAUGAAAGUUCUCAGAAUGUAUGGGAUGAUUUAACAGAUCAGGAAUUAUCUGCUGAUAUCACUGAUGGAGCAUCCUCUCCAAAUCAGAUUACAUCUAGUGUGCCAUCAUUGACCCCAGAAGAAGAUAAGCGAUAUUGUUGGGUAUGCUUUGCAACUGAUGAAGAUGAUGCAACUGCAGCAUGGGUUAAACCAUGUCAUUGUAGAGGCACUACAAAGUGGGUUCAUCAGGGUUGCAUACAGAGAUGGGUUGAUGAAAAGCAAAAGGGUCAUGCAGGGCAUGCUGUGGCCUGUCCACAAUGCAACACAGAAUAUAUUAUAGUUUAUCCAAACAUGGUGUAUCGUACGUGCAAAUCAAUUGCAGGUCCAUUAGUGGUAGUACUUGAUACGAUCGAUGCAGUUAUCUUCCGAGUAUGUCCUUUCAUUGCUGCUGGUAUAGUAGUCGGAUCCAUAUAUUGGACGGCUGUGACUUAUGGUGCAGUUACUGUUAUGCAAGUCGUGGGUCACAAGGACGGCCUUACUAUGAUGGAACAGGCCGAUCCUUUAGUCCUACUAGUUGGUUUACCAACUAUCCCUAUUAUGUUAGUUCUGGGAAAAAUGCUUCGAUGGGAAGAUCAAGCUCUCAGUUUUUUAAGACGUCACGCGUCCAAAGUUCCUAUUUUAAGGCAUUUUCUACCGAGUAGUUAUUCUGAUGAAGAUACAAGUAUGCAAUCUGAAGAUAUACCACCAAUGAACGAUCCAGUAUCCGCAACGCGUGUUCUUUGUGGUGCGCUUUUAUUACCAACUAUCGCCAGCUUAUGUGGAAGAUUAUUUUUUGAAAGUAUAAACUCCAACUUUCAAAGAACAUUGUUGGGUGGUGUAGCCUUUAUAACAAUAAAAGGUGCAUUCAAGAUUUACCACAAACAACAACAAUACAAGAGACAAUGUCAGCGUCGUGUAAUGGAUUAUACAGAGAGCAAUGUAGCAUUGUACAGAAGGCAACAAGACCCCGAAAGUGAUCGAAGUUAAGUAAAAUCUCAACGAAUAUUCAAAUGCCAAUUAAUUAAUAUGCAUAUAAUUUUUCAAAUGUAAAGCAGCUUAAUUUUUUAUCAGCGUGUGAGUAUAUAAAAAAAUCUGGCAACUCUCUUCAGUAUCAUAUAUAUAUAUAUAUAUAUAUAUAUAUAUAUA